CCCGGUGUUUCCGGUGCUCGGAGCUGCAGGAUGUCUCCGGUGCAGGGCAGCGUCUCGGUGUGUCUGCUGAGUGUGAUCCUGUACUGCAGCGGGCUGUGUCCCGUCGGGGGCUUCCUCUACAACAACCGAUACUCAGGGGAUCAGGUGUUCAGGAUCACCCCGAGAGAAGAGAGGGAGGUAAAGCUGCUGCAGAGCAUCCUGGGACACAUGAAGGUGGAUCUGUGGCAGCCCAACAGCGCGACUCUGAUCUGUCUCAACAACACGGUGGACGUGCACGUGACGCGCAACGACACGCAGCGACUGCACGCACGCCUGCAGCGGGAACACAUCGACUACAGGGUGUUCAUCUCCGACCUGCAGAGGGAGAUCCAGAAGCAGACGGGGUCUCGCUCCUCCCGGAAGAGGAGGUCUGAGUCUCAGUAUGACUAUGAGGUGUACCAUUCUCUGGAUGAGAUCCAGAGCUGGAUGUUUGAGAUGAACCGCACUCACUCGGACCUGGUGGACAUGUUCUCCGUGGGGAAGUCGUACGAGGGUCGGCCGCUGUAUGUGCUUCAGAUAGGGAAGAGGAGCCGGCAGCAGAAGAAGGCGGUGUGGAUCGACUGCGGCGUGCACGCCAGAGAGUGGAUCGGCCCGGCGUUCUGCCAGUGGUUCGUCAAAGAGGUAAUCAACUCAUACCAGUACGACUCUGUGACCCGGCGGCUGCUGAACCAGCUCAGCUUCUACAUCAUGCCGGUCUUCAACGUGGACGGGUAUCACUUCAGCUGGACCACGGACCGGUUCUGGAGGAAGACCCGGUCCAAGAAUCACAAGUUCCACUGCAGAGGGACGGAUGCCAACAGGAACUGGAAGGUGAAGUGGUGUGAGGAAGGCGCCUCCUCCCACCCGUGCGACGACACGUACUGCGGACCCUUCCCCGAGUCGGAGCCCGAGGUGAAGGCCGUGGCUAAGUUCCUGAGGAAGAACAGGAAGCGGGUCAAAGCGUACAUCUCCAUCCAUGCCUACGCCCAGAUGCUGCUCUACCCGUACUCCUACAAGUACGCCUCCAUCCCCAACUUCAGCUGCGUGGAGUCAGCAGCUCACAGUGCAGUCAGCGCUCUGUACUCUGCGUACGGAGUGCGGUACCGGUAUGGCCCGGCCUCCACCACCCUCUAUGUGAGCUCAGGCAGCUCCAUCGACUGGGCCUACAGGAACGGGAUCUCAUACGCCUUCGCCUUUGAGCUGCGGGACACCGGGUACUACGGCUUCCUUCUGCCGGAGUCUCUGAUCAGCCCAACCUGCACCGAGACGCUGCGGGCGGUCAAGGCCAUCUCACAGGGCCUGCUGAAGAAGUGCGAGGUGGACCGGGACACGUUUCCAUACAUAUGAGCUCCAUAACGGCUCUUAUUCCUACCAGAGAUCAUCAGGAAUCAUCAGGGAGGAGCAGAGGAGAAGCACUCUUAACUUGUUGUUAGUUUUAACGCCUUAUUUCACACCAAUAUCCCACAUACAGACUGCUGGAUCCUGUAAUCCUCUCCUCCUUUACCAAAGUCUAUCUUACUCUCGUAAAUGGUAUUAAUAAUACAGACUAUUAAAGAAAUAAGCUGAACGGUGGUCAUGUGAGCACUCGUCAGGAUACAACAGCACUUGAAAGCUGCUAAGAUUUUAAUAUCCCCCAAAGAACAUCUAUUUUUAUUCCAGUGGCAUUUUAUUUUUGAAAUGAUUACAGCAUUUUUUUUUAAAUCGAAAUUUUAUUCUGUUGUGGUCUUAUUUUGAAAAUAUUCGUAAGUGCCUUAAAGUAUGAAUGCCUUUAUUACUGCAAUACUGUUGGUGUCUAUACUAUGUAAUGACCUGACAAUCAUGGGUUGUUUUUGUUGUUGUUGUUUCAUUUUAUUAGGACUUAUUAUUUACUUUCUGAAUCAAGACUCAGGUAUGGACUACAGAAGCCCUGAAUGGCCAACAUUAGAACAUUUUAUGACCUCUUUUUUUCCAUGAAAACAAGUUUUUUGUUUGUUUGACCAAAAUCACAAGUCAUUUAUGACAUUAUCUCUGAACAGCAAGUGUGUCCCUGCGUUUAUCAUUGUCAGGAGAAAUAAGGGAAUACAUGGUUUAAAAGCGGCCGCUCAUGGCGUCUGUAAGGACCAAUGACAGUCAGAAAUGUUUACCUUUGACAGCUAUAUGAGAUUUUAAUAAAUGUAUGAUAUCUGACUUUAAUA